GUCUGCAGCCCGCCAUUGUGUAGAGACCAAGCUCUGUAGGGAGAUAGGGGCUCUCGGCUAAACUCUUAAUACAGAUAGACAUUUUCUACACCCUGUCGCCUUCGAUUAGGAUUAAAUAUAGUUACGCAGGCUCCAGUGAAAAAAAAAGACAUGUCAGCCGUCAGCCUUCUCGAACAGGUAAAGAGAGGCACUUUCUGAACAUUUUUUCGAGCCGAUUCUCAGCAUCGCGGACGGCUAGCGAAGGUAGCUUAGCACAGAGGCAGCGGCUCUCGCUCUGUAAGUGCAGUAGGCCUUGACCACCUGCUAAAAGGACUGAUUGGUGAAUAUAUAUCCCUUCAUCUAUUUUUCCCCUUCCUCUCUUCUCAUAAAUCAAACCUUCAUGAAUCACCUGGACCCAAUCCAGAGACCGAAAGGCCAAGCAAAUAAAGUGCAAAACGGAGCUGUUACACAAAAGGAUACGUUGAAUGAUGAUGAGUUCGAGCCUUACCUGAAUACUCAGGCCAGACAGAGCAAUGCCUAUACGGCCAUGUCGGACUCGUACAUGCCCAGCUACUACAGCCCCUCCAUAGGAUUCUCCUACUCCCUGAAUGAAGCUGCUUGGUCUUCGGGUGGAGAUCCCCCUAUGCCUUACCUGGCCUCUUAUGGACAGCUGAGCAACGGGGAGCCCCACUACCUCCCAGAUGCUAUGUUUGGUCAACCAGGACCCCUAGGGAGCAACCCUUUCCUCAGCCAGCAUGGAUUCAACUUCUUCCCCAGUGGCAUCGACUUCUCAGCAUGGGGCAAUAGCAGCUCUCAGGGACAGUCGGGUACACCACAGAGCUCUGGCUACAGCAGCAGCUACGCUUAUGCCCCCAGCUCGCUUGGGGGUGCCAUGAUUGAUGGACAGUCCCCAUUUGCCCCUGCCACUAACGAGCCCCUCAACAAGGCACCUGGCAUGAACAGCAUUGACCAGGGAAUGGCAGGGCUUAAGAUUGGUGGUGCUGCUCCUGGUGGGAGUGGAGACAUGACACCUAAGGUAGUUGGUUCUGGCUUACCUGGUGGGGGACCCCUUGGCCCUGUAUCGUCUGUAGGACCACCCAGCAUGCCCCCUGUCUCAAUCGCCCCCGCCAAGCCUGCUUCCUGGGCGGACAUUGCCAGCAAGCCAGCCAAACCGCAGCCCAAGCUGAAAACCAAGGGUGGUGUGGCCGGCACCAACUUGCCUCCUCCACCCAUCAAACAUAACAUGGACAUAGGCACUUGGGACAACAAGGGUACAAUGCCUAAAGCUGCCACCCCCCAACAGGUGCCUCCGAUCCCCAGCAAUGGGCAGCCGCCCAAUCAGGCCUCCCCCCAGCCUGGCACUACUGCUGUGGGAACCCCGCAACUGCCCCUUAGUAAUGGACAGUUAGUCCCUCCUGUUGCCCAGAUGGGCCAUCAGCAGCUACCACCCAAUGGGCAGCCAGGAAUGGCUCAGAUGCCCCCUCCUCUUUCCCAGGGUCCUCCCCCUACCCAACAACAACAACCCUCUCAACCCACUCGCUGGGUCCCUCCUCGGAACCGGGCAAAUGGAUUUGGGGAUACCAGUGGGCCCGGUACAGGCCAGUCACCUCCCACCUCUGCUGGUGUGGGAGCAGUCUCUGGGGUCCCCUCUGAACCUCACCCAGUCUUGGAGAAGUUGCGCAUGGUUAACAACUACAACCCCAAGGACUUUGAUUGGAACCCUAAACAGGGCCGUGUCUUCAUCAUCAAGAGCUACUCGGAGGAUGACAUCCACCGCUCCAUCAAGUACAACAUCUGGUGCAGCACAGAGCAUGGAAACAAGAGGCUAGACACAGCUUACCGCUCUCUGGGUGGCAAAGGUCCGCUCUACCUUCUUUUCAGUGUCAAUGGGAGUGGCCACUUCUGCGGUGUCGCAGAAAUGCGCUCACCUGUGGACUACAACACAUGUGCAGGCGUGUGGUCACAGGACAAGUGGAAGGGCCGUUUCGAUGUGCGCUGGAUCUUCGUUAAGGACGUUCCCAACAGUCAGCUGAGGCACAUUCGAUUGGAGAACAACGAGAAUAAGCCAGUGACCAACUCACGAGACACACAGGAGGUGCCACUGGACAAGGCUAGGCAGGUGCUGAAGAUAAUUGCCGGAUACAAGCACACCACCUCUAUCUUUGACGACUUUUCCCACUAUGAGAAGCGCCAGGAGGAGGAGGAAUGUGUGAAAAAGGUGGAGGUCCAAGGCAGUGAGCAGUACCCCAGUAACCCAAACAGGAGUCAUUACAGGCUUCAGGAGCGUCAAGGACGAGUCAAGUAAUGGUCACUGCUUUGGGUGAAGGACUGCAAUGGGACCCCAUUCCCCCCUGCCCACCCCAUCACGUUCAGAUCUCUAGGAAAUGCUAAUAGGGGUGAAAAAUUAACCAAGGACAAAAAAAAAACUAAAUGAAGACUUUCUUUUGACUUUAAAGACUUACUUCGAACUUGUAGUAAAAAGAAAAGGAAACAAUUAUUCAUAGGACUACAACUAAACGCAUAGCAUCUUUAGGCGAAAUCUUUUUUUUUUUUUCCUUCCAUGUCCCACUACAGUUGCUUUUUUCCUUGUAUGCUACUUUUCUUUUUUUAUGGAUCAUCCUCUGUUUUUACAGUCCAAGCGCAUCUCCUGUAGUUUUCACACAGAACACACAAAUUGAAUAGAAAUUUGUAGUGUUGGCUACGGUAGUGUCCCAACGUCAAGAUGGGAAGUUUGUCAUCUUUCUCUGUAAAGUCUUGACUUCCCCACCCUCUGGGUGAGAUCAACCAGGAUGCAGCGGACUCUCUUCCCUGUUGGAUGUUCAUUGUGGGUGGAUGUUGAUGGAGCUCACGCACGAAUUUGUUUUCUUACAUGCUUUCCAUCUUUUUGAUACAAAGAGAAUUGAGGAUUGUUCAGAACCUCCCGUUUGUGUUGAGCAAAGUGCGUGUCUAAAGUAGGGGGAGUUAGGACAAUUUGAAAGCAGACAGUUAAGUUAAUGAGUAAGGCUCAUUGUAUGAUUUUUAUGGUGUACAUUUUGGGGCCCUCUGUUAUUGGUCUAUGCUGGACUUAUUUACCCUGUUUUGUUUUCCUUCUCUUGGACAAGUUCGUUCAUUGUUGCUAUGGGCUGCUUUCUUCCUUGUUUUUUUCCUUCUUCCUCCAUUUUCUUAAAACAGCAAUGUUGAGUGGCCUUGCCCCCACUCUAUUAUCAGUUCAUAAGUAAUAAAUGUUGUAUACUCAGCAGAACUGGUGUGCAUUCCCCUUGUUUGCCUGGAAAGCAAUUUUGUCACGUGUCUGACCAUGUUUUUUUUAUUUCGAAAGGGUUAUACGACUGAAUGUUUAAACUUCCUGGUCAUUUACAUACUCAACCCCCUCAGCCUUACAUAAUUCUUACUAAUAUCCUGUGCACUUCUAUGUACUCUCCUGACCAACACUCACUCCCACUUGCAUCCUGCCAUGUCCGACUGCUCAACCAACCUUAUUAUAGAGUCACAUUCACAGCCACUACAGUUCAAGCAGAAUGUCAAUGUUGGUCAAAGGGGGGGAACAACGGCAAGGCCCUCUUUCAAAACUACUGGCUUUAUCUGUGGCAUAAUAAAAAUGCUCUACAAAGUAAAGUGUCAAAUUUUUUUUUUUUUGGUCCUAACUAAAAAAAAAAAGAAGUGAUUUUCCUCUAUUCGGUUGCUUUUCUAAAUGUA